CCAGAUGUUUUUCCAACGCGCUUUCGUUAAAACAUGCCGUGGAUCCAUUUUUGAAGAAUAUAUAAUACCGACACGGCUUUAUCCUUUGUGCAAAUAUACGCCUCCAAUAGUACAAAUAGCGUGUGUUAGCUGCGGCAGUAUCGCUUGUGCAUGAUGCAGCUGGUGCGCUAGAAGGGUUUGCAAAGUAAUUCGUCCCCACAUCAGAAUAGCGGAGCGCUGCAUAUUGCUAUCGGCGGAGGCACCUUCCGAUCUGAUCAAACCGCACACGUACGCCACGAAGCAAAAAGCGGAAGGAAAGGAAAAAAAAGAAUCAAAAUGAACCACACGAAAAGCCGGGGGACGAGGGUCCCGCUGAAGGAAGAAUCAACGUCCUACCGGGCGUACCUUGCGCUCGGACUGUUUCUUGUGAUUUUGUUCCUCACCUUCCCGACCCUUUGCGGUGCCCACGGACAGCACGCUCACGACCACGAUCAUCUUCACGAUGAGCAUGAUCAUCAUCAUCAUCACGAAAGUCCCAGUUUUAAGUAUUCGAAGCAUGCUAACGAGGUUUACGAAGAGGAACCGGUCCCGGCAGUUCCACAUCAUCACCAUCACCACCAUCAUCAUGAUGGUGGAGAUGCGGGCCAUGAUCAUCAUCAUCAUCAUGGCGGUCACCAUCAACAUCAUCAUCAUCAUCACCACGAAAAGUCAACAAGUGAUAGUAAAGCACCGAGAGAUACGUUCUACAUCUGGGUGCAUUCGUUGGGUUCAACUUUGUUGAUUAGUGCGGCACCGUUUUUCAUUCUGUUUGCCAUCCCGCUGGACAAUACGGAAGAGAUGCAGCCCCGGCUGAAAACGCUGCUUGCCUUUGCUUCGGGCGGCCUGCUGGGAGAUGCUUUCCUGCACUUGAUUCCGCACGCCAUCCAGCCCCAUUCGCACGGGGACGAUCAUUCGCAUGGUCACUCGCACGGACAUUCGCAUGGCCAUGGAGAGGCGGACGGUCACGAAAGCCAUGGGCACGAUAUGCGCGUCGGGCUGUGGGUUUUGGCCGGCAUCAUCGUGUUUUUGGCGGUGGAAAAGUUUGUCCGAUUGAUUAAGGGAGAUACGGGCCAUGGGCAUGGUCACGGUCACAGCCACGGAGGUGCAAAGCCGGCCGUACAGCCAAAGCCUGCCAAGAGCUCCCCACCACCGUCCCCAACGGAGGGUAAGAAGGACAAAAAGGACAAGAAAGACAAGAAGGAUAAGAACGAUAAGAAGCAAGAAGCGGAAGUACCAACCAAGUCGAAAAAGGAGGAAGCAAAAGCAAAGGGCAAAGCUGUCCGUAAAGAGCCGAAGAAGGAGAACAUUCAGAUCGCCGGCUACCUUAACCUGGCCGCCGAUUUCACGCACAAUUUCACCGACGGGCUUGCGAUCGGUGCGUCCUAUCUGGCGGGAAAUAGCAUCGGUCUCAUCACGACAAUUACCAUCCUGCUGCACGAGGUGCCGCACGAAAUCGGUGACUUUGCAAUCCUGAUCAAGUCGGGCUGCUCGAAGAAGAAGGCAAUGCUGCUGCAGCUGACGACGGCGGUCGGUGCGCUGGCCGGUACCGUCCUUGCCCUGUUGGGCAGUGGAAGUGAUGCGGCCGAAUCGUGGGUGCUGCCGUUCACGGCCGGUGGUUUCAUCUACAUUGCGACCGUGUCGGUGAUACCGGAGCUGCUGGAAGAGUCGACCAAGCUGUGGCAGUCGCUGAAGGAAAUUACGGCACUGCUGGCCGGCGUGGGCAUGAUGGGGACAUGUCUGAAGGCAAUUGAACAUACGAUAGAAAGAUGAGAUUCUCUUUAUUUAUAGCACACUUUUACUAAGAGAGAAGGAGAAAGCGGUCUUUUAGAUUGUAAAUUGUACGAACGAAGCAAGGCUUUUGUCGGUUUGUUUUUUGGAUCGUUUUGGCUGCGUUACGAAUGCUUUAGAUGUUAUCGCCAAAAGAUUGUUGUACAUUUGUGAAACAGAAAGAAACAUAAAUAAAUAAAAUAAGUGGUUUUUAAAUGCUUGUUUGAAGUAUA